AUGUUCCGUCUCAUAUCCCGUCCUGCGCUCUCGCAUGUAUCUGUGCGGUCUUUGGCUCCAGCCACUACACAGGUCCGCCACCUGGCACGUCUCCCGGACGACCCCACCAUCACAGCUGCAAUAACACAUGAUCACCGCGAAAUCCAGGACUACUAUGCUCGUAUAAUGGCCCUGGAUGAUAAAGAUUACGAUAAUAAGAUUCGUUGGCAGAAUCAGUUGACAUGGGAGCUGGCUAGACACGCUGUUGGAGAGGAGAUCGUCUUGUAUCCGGCGUACGAGCAGUAUCUGGGCGCACACGGGAAGAAGGUGGCAGAUAAAGAUAGAGAUUCGCAUCAGAAGACCAAGGAACGGCUGGAGCUUUUUCAGCGCCUGUAUCCACAGUCGAAAGAGUUUAAGCCGGAGUUGGUGGAGAUGAUGGAGGAGUUGGAGGAGCAUAUGCGUAGCGAAGAAAAAGACGAGCUUCCAAUGCUGGAGGAGGCGUUGGCCAAAACGAAGCCGAAGAGUGGCCUAGGCGGGAAAAGCAGAUCCCAGGAACUUGCGUUGUCAUUCUCGAGGACAAAGAUGUUUGUGCCGACAAGAGGACAUCCGUGGCUGCCAAAUAAACCGCCGUAUGAGACGGUGUUGGGACUAUUGGCAAUGCCGAUCGACGUGCUGGCAGAUAUGUUUAGGAAGUUUCCCAAGGAGAAACAGAGGACCACGGAAAGUUUGAGUGGAGGACUGAAAUGA